CGAUUUGCCAACAAUCUAUUUAAAACGGAAUUCCCGUUUAUUUGAUUUCGUUUCAUUUAUUUAUUCGUACCACAACAAAGUUGUAAGUAGUUGUCACAAAAUCGUAGUGAAGUAACAUAGUCAUGAAAGCAAUCUUCCAACAACUCCUGACCAUUAGCUUCCUCUUCCGCUGCGUUUUAUCUGGAUUUGAGUGCAAAGAAAGCGUGGAUUCAACUCGAGAAGUGUGCAAAACGGAAUUAAGGUGCCGUUUUGAUGAAGAUUACGACCGGAUUGAAAAGAGAUUUUGUCGGUGUAAAAUCACGAUUGAGCAUUUUUCCCUUCCGGACAACACGCUAACUUUUGACUUAUUUUCCGGAAUUUGUUUCCAACGUUUCAAUAAUCUGAAACAACUGUGGAUCCAACACGCAGACCUACAAUACUUGGACAACAACAUUUUUGAAAAGUACCCAAAUUUAGUGCAUUUGGAUUUGAGUGAUAACCAAGUAAGUUUAAAUUUCUCCAAACAAGCGGAAAAAAUAACCACUCUCAAUGCGAGUUACAACAAAAUAGAUGAGUUAAAGGACGAAGCUUUGGCAGAUUUGAGGAGUUUAAGAGUGGUCGAUUUGUCGUUCAAUCGUCUUGCGCAAAUUGGAACAGGUUUAAAAAAUUUGAAGAGUGUGGAAGAGGUUUAUAUGAAUAAUAAUCAACUGACUCAGAUUGAAAAAAACGACUUUGAACCUUUACAAAAACUGAGGAUCUUAAAUCUGGCUCACAAUUUCCUGGUUUCUAUCAAAAGCCCGCUGUUUUUUCUUCACCUCCAAGAACUCUACUUGAACAAUAACCGACUGAAAAGUAUAAACGCCCAAGAGUUCGUCCGAUUGCCAAGUCUGAGGAUUCUCAAAAUCGGCAAUAAUUUAUUCGAAACUUUAAGUGACAAUCAUUUAUUUAACCAACUGGAGGAGUUUCACGGAGAAAAUAACCAAAUUAAAGCGCUUAACGGACACAUUUUAAACAAACUUGAGAAUUUAAAAAUGGUCAAUUUGUCCAACAACGCUUUAAAAAACAUAGAAGGUGACACCUUUGCUACCUCAAACCGAAUCAAAGUAGUUGAUUUGAGUUCGAACAAACUUGCUAAAAUUGACCCAAGAAACUUUCGAAAUAUGAACAAUGUGUCUUUCUUGAAUUUGUACAACAAUUCUCUAACACAGGAGGUCAUCAGCUGCGACAAUCUGCAAAAUUUAAUGCAACUGAACGUCCUGGACCUCUCCUACAACGAAAUUUCAGAAAUCUACACUUGCACUUUUAGAAAAUUAGAAAAGUUGCAAAAAUUGUCGUUACUGGCCAACCAUUUAAAGACCAUCCCACCAUCAGCAUUCCAAACUUUACACAAUCUCCAAGAAUUAAAUUUAGCCCACAAUCAACUAACCGAAAUUCCAGAAAAUUCAUUCGAAGGUUUAGGAGAGUUAAGAAAUUUAAAUAUUUCACACAACCGACUGACAAAAUUCGAUAUUGACUCUCUUGACGGAAGCCCAAAAGUGACAAAAUUUGACCUUAAAUGUAACAAUUUAACCGCAAUCGAUUUGAAACUUCUUCGGGAUAAACAAACUGUGUUAAGAGAACUCGAUUUUGACGAUUCGCUAAUUAAGUGUGAUGCCUUUGGUGAAGUGUUUGAUUAUUUUGCAAAAAACGAGAUCAAUGUGCGAAGUUGUGCGGCUUCAGGAUGUUGCAAAAACCAUAUCAGCCAAAAGUUGUUGAUAGGGAUUAUUGUAGGUGUGAUUGUUUGCCUACUUGCCGCGUUUGGCCUAAUUGUCAUUCUUUAUAAGUUGCUAUGCGGGCGUAAAAAAGAACCGAAAAUUCAUUUAGUGCCGAUUAUUCAAAACCAAAAUCAAUGAUUUGUUUUUAUCGAAUAGACUGUAUUGUUAUCGUUAAUGAUGAUUAAUUAGUUAAUUAUUAUUGAAUGAUAAGCAAAGGAAGUAGUUACAAGUACCUCCUACAAACUAUUACACCUUGUUUUGGAUUUAAAAAAUAAACAAAUAAACUGUUUUUAGAAAAUCUA